CCCAAACAAAAAUUGAGUAACUUACUUUUCUAAACUUUACUAAACUAAGUUACUAAGUCUGAAGUCAAUAAUUAAAUAAGGUAAAAACAGAUUAAGUCGUUAGUACCCACUAUAGACUAUUACUAUAAGUAUUGCCAUUGAGCAAAUCCUUGGCAAUGGCAAUACUUGAUUGCCAUUUCUAUUGGCCAAAUAAUACUAUCGAAGUGGCCUUUCGGACCGGGUAUCAGAAAGUUGAAGUAGUGAGUGAGAGGUUGGCAGUUGGGAUUUAAAAAAGGCUGUGGCUAUAUACAGUCUACAGUAUUGUAAACUACCAAUUGGCAAUAGACAAUAGCUUCUACUUCUAGGGAGCUAUUUGUAGUAAACUACCAAUAGCUUCCAGUGACCAUGUUCCUAAAAAAUGAUUGGCCUAAGCUUAUUUUUUAAUCUUUAAGUUCUAAUCACGUUAUUUUACAGUUUCAUUUAAAUUUAACUAAAUUAAUAAGAUUUUGUUUUUAAUAUGCCCACUUUGUAUGCAGUAAAACUUCUUUUAAGGUAAUUAUUUAGGCCUGUAUUAGUAUUCCUCCUCAUCCUCAUGUCCCUUAGUCCUUGCGCUUGGACCGUUGGGGCGCCACAGAUGACAUGUAAACCAUCCUCCUCCAUUCCUCUCUGUCUUCAGCACUACGCACUGCAUCGCCCAGUGUUAGUCCUGUCUACUCUCUGAUGUUAUUCUCCCACCUUUCCUUUGUCUUCCUCUUCUUCUCCCUCCUCUUGUGGUGCCCCGCAAUAUUUCUUUGGCAAGCCCUUGUUUCCUUGUCAUGUGGCCGUACCAUUGUAGUUUGCGUUUUUUCACAAUCACCAGUAGGUCAUCGUACUCCCCAAUUGCCUGACGAACCCUUUCUUUCACUGUAUCAUUGGAGAAGCAGAUCCCAAAAAUGCUUCUGAAGCAUCUCAUCUCCAUCGCCUUUAUUUUCCUUUCAAGAUCGGCUGUUAAUGUCCAGGAUUCGCAGGCAUACAGGAAAAUGGAGAGGACUAAUAAGCGCAUCAGCCUGAUUUUGGUGCUGGGGGCCAUAUUUUUGUCAUUCCAUAUUUUCUUGAGCUUCUUUAGUGCUGUUGUAGUCUGCGCAAUCCUGGACAUCAGUUCUGGCUUGGAGCCUUCUUCUGAGACAAUUGCUCCUAGGUAUUUGAAGUGGCCUACAGUCUCUAAUCUUUCCUCCCCGACCUUAAUUUCAGUGGUGAUGCCUGCGGUAUUAUUUUUCAUCAGUUUUGUCUUUUCGGCACUAAUUAGCAUGCCGUAGGACGACGAGGUCUUAUCGAGACGCUUUACCACAUUUGCUAGCUGUUCUUCGUUCCCAGCCAGUGCAUCUAUGUCGUCUGCAAAGCGUAGGUUGGUGAUUGUUCUACCACCAAUGCUGACUGUACCUUCAUGCGCUUCCAGAGCAUCUGACAUAAUUCUCUCUAGGAAGAUGUUGAACAGGGGGGUGGGGGACGGAGAGCAGGAAGCCUUGUCGUACUCCAACCGUGGUCUUGAACCAUUUUCUUAUGUUGUUGUUGAAGAAGACUGCACUGGUGGCCUUAUCAUAGAGGUUGCAUAUCAUGCUUGUUAGGUUUGUGUUGAUGUUGUAGUCCCUCAUAGUGGCCCAUAAAGCAGCAUGUCAAACCCUGUCAAAUGCUUUCUUGAAGUCAACAAAGACUUGGUAUGGGUUUUGUUGGUGUUGAGCAUAUUUCUCACAUAGUAUUCGGAGGUUUAGAAUCUGCUCAGUAGUGCCCCGUCCUUGUCUGAAGCCCGCCUGUUCUUCAGCAAUGAUUCUGUCAGCAUAUGGUUUUAGUCGGUUCAAUAUAACCUUGCUUGGAUGGCUUAUUAGGCUGAUUGUGUGAUAGUUUUGGCAUAGCUUUAGGUUACCUUUUUUGGGGAGAGUGACGAUGAGGGUCUGGGUCCAUGGUUUGGGCCAUUCUCCUGUAAGCCAGAUUUUGUUACAAAUAUUGAAUAGGGCACUUAUCAUUGCUUCUCCUCCUCGUUUCAUCAACUCGGCAGGGAUAUUAUCCACUCCUGCGGCCUUUUCUGUUUGGAGUGCUUGGACUGCUGCUUCUACUUCUGCGUGGAGAAUAGGGCAGUUAUCAUUGUCUGUUGCUGGAGGGACAUUAAGGAUCUCUGGGUCUAUCUUUAUACUUUCAUUAUAAAGCUCUGAACAGUAUUCAGUCCAUCAUUUGAUGAUAUAAUUUUCUUCGGUCAAACAUUUACCAUUUUUAUCCUGUCUGGUAGUACUACGCCCUUGUUUUGCAGUGGUUAGUUCUUUCACCAACUGGUAAGUUUUUUUGCUAUUGUUUUUCGUCAAGCAGUUUUCAGUUUUGUAGCAUUGCUCUUCAAUCCAGUUCUUCUUUGCCCUUUUUAUACCUUUUUUGAUGCCUUGAUUAACUGUCCUAUAUUUAAUGGCCCCCUCUGUAUUUACCUUUUUUUUCUUUGACUGCCUCCGUUCAUCACACAGAUCAAGUAUGUAUAAUUUUAAUCAUAAUAAUUAGCACACACAAAAUGUUUACAGCUGGAUUGAAUUUUAACUGCACAUUUUACUUUAGGCUUGGUAAAGAAGAAGCUGGGUAAAAAAUUUUCAGACUAUGAUCCCUGACCAUUUCCCCCCAGUUGCCAGUAUCAUACAUCUAUCUAAGAUCUAUAUUAAUUAGGUCUAUAUUAUUUAUAAAUUUUAUAGCCAUAUCUGUGCAUGGGGAUGGCUACAGCAGAUAGUGUUAAAACUUUAAAAAAGUACUGUAGAUUUUAUCUUUAGUGCUGAGGUUUUGUCACUAGUACAAACUAGUAAUAAAUAAACGGGGCAAUACUUCGCCAGCCUCAUUGAAAGCGGAUUUUUAAAGCUCAGAUUUUGGUUUGAUUUGAUUGGCUGGACUAACAAUAGCUCUCUAGAAGUUAUUGGUAGUUUACUACAAAUAGCUCCCUGCGCUAACUAGAAGCUAUGGGUAGUAAACCACCAAUAGACACUUUCUUUAAAAAUGAAAGUGUCUAUUGGAAGUUUACUACCAACAGCUUGUAGGCUCCUUGAUGAAUUUCAAACUUCUCACCUUCAACUGGCCAAAAAUGUGGUCAUUGUUACUGUUCCAUAGUACUCACCUUCAGUUGGCCAACAAUGUUACUGUUCCAAGGAUAUGGAUUGUUGAUGAGGAAAGUUUUUUGUAUACCAAUUGCUGUGAAAAUUGCCUGGCCAUUUGCAAUACAAAGUCAGAAUGAGUCAAAGUUUAGAAGCUGGUCAGAGUAGUUCCAAGCUUUCAACAAAUAUUUCCCAAAGUGAAAAAAACAAAACCAUCCUUGAACUUUGCCUUUAAAGAACUUCAUACUUAGAAAUUUAAAAGUUUGUAAGCAUGAAAAGGAAACUUGAUUUUGGUGACAUUAAUUAUUUUCUUUUUCUAAACUCUAAUUUGUGUCAAACAGUAAAUAAACAUUGACAUUUUAAAAUAUUUAAAUUAAUAAAAGCUUAUUAUCGGUAUUAAAAACAUGGUGGAAUACUAAAAUAAUGCCUCUGAUUUUUUUUCAUAGUUUUUUUCAGGCUUUAGAUAAAGUGGAUUAACAUCCAAUUUUCAGAGGUGACUUAGUGACACAGCGCAGCACCACAUUGAUUGGUAUUAUAGAACCUAGAGAUGGCAUCUAUUUCAUUUCUUGAUGCUGGUAAUUACUUAGAAGAUAUUUGUUCUCAUUAACCAGCGUGCCAAAAUAUUGUACCAUAAUAAAAAAAGUCAUUAUUUGUGAUUUAUUCAGGAUCAUACCUCCUUUCAAAAGUUUGUUUUUCAAACAAUUUUUAAAAGUAUACAAUUAAAAGUUACAAUGUCAAAUUGAAUAGUUCUCAUGUUAUUUUGAAAUCCCAACAGCGACAUUAAGGAUCUGAUUUGUUGGAACCAUAGUCUCAAUGCAAAGUAGUCAAGUACGUUAGCACAAAAUUCUUGCUUAGUUAUUUUAGAUGAAAUAAGCUAAACAAAGUAUGUGAAAACCUGAAAAAAGGACAAGAAAAACCCAACAAAUGCAUUGUUAAGAAGCCUUGUUUAGCUAACAAACAUCAGUAAAUACAAUAUGCUUUGUUUUGCUCAUUUCCUUUUAUCCAACCCUAUUGCAUUAUCUCCCCCUUAUUAUCUUUAAAAAAAAAAAAAAUUAUUAUUUUAUUUUCAUUAUAAUCUAAUAUAUAAUUUGAGAAAUGUUCAAUUCUAUAGAGCUGAUGUUUGAUUAACUUAAAACAAAUUGUAGACAUUUAUUGAAGAAUUUAAAAGGAAUAUUUUAAAGUCAUGAGACUUUGAGAAAAGUUCAAUCCUCACCCUUGGAGUGUAUGAUUCAGCUGUCAUUGUGGUUACAUGUUAAUGGUUAAUUGUCAUUACACUGUUACAUUUCAUGAUUCAGCUGUCAUUGUGUAACAUGUAGUGUAUGAUUCAACUGUCAUGGUGUAACAUGUAGUGUUAAAUUCAACUGUCAUUCGUCAUGGUGUAAAUUUUAGUGCAUGAUUCAGCUGUCAUUGUGUAAGAUGUAGUGCAUGAUUCUGCUGUCAUUGUGUUACUGUGUAACAUUUUGUGUAUGAUUCAGAUGUCAUUGUGUAACAUGUAUUGUAUGAUUCAGCUGUCAUUCUGUAACAUGUAGUGUUAAAUUUAGCCCACAUGGUAUGACACGAAAUGUGACUUAUUCAGCUGUCAUGGUAAGAAAUGUAGUGUGUCUGUUAGGGUUGACAUGGUCUGAAAUGUAGUGUGUCUGUUAGGGUUAACAUGGUGUGAAAUGUAGUGUGUCUGUUAGGGUUGACAUGGUGUGAAAUGUAGUGUGUCUGUUUGGGUUGACAUGGUGUGAAAUGUAGCUUGUAAUGUAGUGUGUCUUUUAGGAUUGACAUGGUGUGAAAUGUAGUGUCUGUUAGGGUUGACAUGGUGUGAAAUGUAGUGUGUCUGUUUGGGUUGACAUGGUGUGAAAUGUAGUGUGUCUGUUAGGGUUGACAUGGUGUGAAAUGUAGUGUGUCUGUUAGGGUUGACAUGGUGUGAAAUGUAGUGUGUCUGUUUGGGUUGACAUGGUGUGAAAUGUAGUGUGUAAUGUAAUGUGUCUUUUAGGAUUGACAUGGUGUGAAAUGUAGUGUCUGUUAGGGUUGACAUGGUGUGAAAUGUAGUGUGUCUGUUUGGGUUGACAUGGUGUGAAAUGUAGUGUGUCUGUUAGGGUUGACAUGGUGUGAAAUGUAGUGUGUCUGGGUUGACAUGGUGUGAAAUGUAGUCUGUCUGUUUGGGUUGACAUGGUGUGAAAUGUAGUGUGUCUGUUAGGGUUAAUAUGGUGUGAAAUGUAGUGUGUCUGUUUGGGUUGACAUGGUGUGAAAUGUAGUGUGUCUGUUUGUGUUGACAUGAUGUGAAAUGUAGUGUGUCUAUUUGGGUUGACAUGGUGUGAAAUGUAGUGUGUCUGUUAGGGUUGACAUUGUGUGAAAUGUAGUGUGUCUGUUAGGAUUGACAUGUUAUUAGCUGUAGACUGUGUGUAUGAUUCACUCUUUCGUCCUUGCCUAUUUGAUCCAAUGGAUUAAGACUUAGUCAAGAAAAGUAGCAUAAUUCAGAUGUCAUGGUGUGAAAUUGAGUGUGUAUGAUUCAUCUGUCAUCGUGUGACAUAUAAUGUUUCUGUUUCAGCUUUCGUGGUUACAUGUUAAUGGUUAAUUGUCAUUACACUGUUACAUUUCAUUUAAAUUUCUUUAUUCACAAUGAUAUGUUCUUUAACUUAAGACUAUUAGUAUUAAACAGUAAUGACACAUAAAUUGCAAGUUCUUGAGAAAGGAAAUAACUAGCACUUAUGAUAUAUUGCAUUUUUAAUUCUUGUCAUACAAGGUAUAUUACAUUGAAUUAUGUUGUUAUUUCUAAAAAAUCUGAUAGCUUAAACAUAAAGUUACAAGUUAUUUUUUGUGGUUUUUAUUUUCUAAAGAAUCUGAUUGUUUAAACAUAAAGAUAGAAGUUGUUCUUCCUACUGGAAAGAAAGAGGUCGCUUACAUUAAUCCUGAAAAUAAAGUCUAUGAGGUAAGAACUUUAAACUGCUCAUUGUUUGCUUCAAAGAUCAUGUAUAAUACUCAAAUUCAUAAUGUUAUUACUGGGUAAUAAAUAGGUUUUUUUUGCUAGUAAGGGUAUUUUUUUUUUAAAUUUAACAAAACUAUUAUGGUUCUAUGAAAUCAUAAAAAAAUUGUUAAUUUUGUUAAAGGCACCAAUAAUGAAUAUUACCAUAUUUCAAUUCUUGAGUGAACUAAGUAGUAGCAGACAGCAAAAUUAUUUCUCUUAUUUGUUUUAGAGACAAUUGAUUAUUUGAAUCAGUGAAGUGAAAGGCAAAAUUUAUAUUUUGUUUUGGAUUCAGGAGAAAGAAGCAAUUUUACGGAGAGCAGAUAUCCCAUAUCCUAAUCUGUACGUAUUAGUUCUAUUUGCUGGUCCAAACAAACGUAUAAUCUUGGAAGACAAAUUGUUGAUGGAAAGGUACAUGGAUGACCUGGCAGGUGGCCAAGAAUCUUAUAUAGAGAUUAGAAAGAAAAGGUAAUGAAACUUUCUUUCUUAUUUGGCUGUUCAUGUCUGUUUACUUUAUUAUUAGUUUAUUGUAUAGUGUUAUAAUUUUAAUUAGAAAUACAAUAUCAGUAAAACAUAUUAGAAUCAAGGCUUUAGCCAAAUCAUUUUUUUAACAUUUCUAUAUGAACAAAUCCUACACUUACUUUAAUUAUGUUUUGUACUAAUUGUUUAAUAAUUUAUUUAUAACAUAGCCUUUAACUAUUGAGUACCACCAGUAUUGACAAUUCAUAAAUGGUUGUGAGAAUAGUUAUUAUUGAUCCUAUCAAUUAUGCAAUCUCAGCAAAUAAGUAUUUGUUCAAAUUUAUUUCUCAGCUCUGAAAUCGAACGUCCUCCCAAGCCAGUCAAUUGUGAGCUAUUUAAUAUCCAAUUAAAAUGACAUCAUCAAUAUCUGUGUAAAUAUGUUUAUGUUUAAUAGUUCAGAUAGGAUUUUUUUGCUUUUGGAUUUAUCAUGUUUUCUUUCAUUCAUAUGCUUUAUGGCAUGUAAAAAGUUUUUUUUCACAAAACUCAGCAAAACAAUCCGCAGCUAAACAUGCUUCAAAAAGAACCAUAAUAAAACAUAUUUAGAUUUAUAAAAUAGCCCUGGAAUUGUCUGGAUGGUGGGUUUAAUUCAUUGGGGCUUAGAGCAAGAUUUUGUAGAUGGGAUAAGUUGAGUCUGGCUGUGCAGUGUUGCAUUAAUCAUUGGAUUAGAUUUCUUUAAAGUCAGUCUAUUACUUUUUGAGACUGGACUUAUUUAUUUAUCUUGAAAAUUGAAACUAAAGUUUUUAUGAUAAAUUAUUUCACAAUUUUAAAAACUAUUUAAAUUGUUUAUGCAUUUCCGAUAUGACUGAUUGAGCAAAAAAAAAGGAAUGGAUCAUUCUUUCUAAGUUACUGCUCUCAGCAGUUGUCUUGAAGGAAAGCUAGAAAUGGAAAAAGUGUGGAAUUGGUUCUCUUCCCAUGUCAAGUAGUCUCUUUAAUUUUAAUGUAUACGUUUAUAACUUUUAACUAGUUACUAUUGUAUUAUGUAUAAUGCAAUUCUCUUAAUACAGUAUUUUAUUAUUAUAUACUGGUAUUAUCCAAAUUUUUAUUCAUUUUAGAUGUUGAGCCUUCUACAAUAGUCUUAAAAAAUGAAUGCAGGCUACAUUAGUUGAAUAAUUUUUGAAAGUUGAAAAGCUUGUUGAAAAUGUUGUGGAAAUUAUUUAUGAUUUGAGCAUGUCUUAAUAUAAAAGCAAGUUUAAACUAAUAUUAGCAAUUCUUGAGCUUUAUACAAAACUGUCCAAUGUUGAGGAUGCCUCAAUUGCCUGUCUCCAACUAGACUCCACCUGAAGGGCUGCAGUCACCUGGCCAAUUGUUACCAAUCUUUGGUUGUAAUUAAACAUAUCUUUCAUAUACCCAAAGUGGUUUUUCUUAGGGUUGAGAGACACUAAAAAGUGGAAUGCGCAAAAACAACCCAAUAAUAUAAAAAAAUAUCAAGCCUAAUCACAUAACUUUUGUAAUAUUGCCUGACAUCUUCUUUUACUGAAGAGAUAUUAUUGUUUUUGUUUUUUUAAAGUUCAAAAUGUCCUUGUUUUAAAAGCCCACACAGGUUUUAAAAUAUUAAAUGUCAGUUUUCUCCAAUGUUAAAGAUUAGUUUUUAAAAAAACUAUUUGCUUGCAAUUUAUUUAUGAAAAUUUGAAAUACAGUAGAGCAGGCCUGCACAUCAUACGGCCCGCCUUACACUUUGAGUUAUGCAGACCUGCAGUAAAGCAUCAAUUCUAUUUUGUUAUUAUUAUUAUCAUACAUGGCAUGGGGCAUUUGUGUAAAACACCAGAAAAUAUUUCAGAACCCAGUCAUGCAAUCCAGGUAAAAUUAAGAUACUUAUAGAACGUGCGUAAAUCUUUGACAAUGCAAUGCCCUGUAAACCUUGGGGUAUGGUUGAUAUAAUCUACAUUUUUUUAAAGCAUCAUAUGUGUAUAAGGGUAAAAAAUAUUGUACUCUAUGCACUGGCUUCUUUAUUCUACCUUUCCAUAGAAUGUUGGGUUAUCGGAACAAUUUUAACCAGAAACUUCCCUGUAGUUAGGAAAAUCAAUGCUCUACUCAAAUCAACACUCUACUCAGCUCUCUACUCAACUCUCUACACAACUCUUAAAUUAAC